AAUGGAUAAUAUUCACUGAAACCAUAUAAAUAACAAUCGAUUGAGAAGGUAAACUCCCUGUUUUGACUAAAUUUCGAUAGACUUGCAAGGACAAAUUCUGACUUGAGUUUUCUGCAGGUCAUCCCAUAUUUGAGAUUGAGAGAGCGAGAGUCAGGAAGGAAGUGAGAAGAACCGACCGGAAGAGGAGGAGCGUUCCCGAGCGAUUGCAGCAGGAGUUGCCCUCGAUCCCUUUGAACAUAAACAUACAUUAUUAAAGGAAAAUAAUUAUUAAAAAAAAAACUACAUGAAGGCAUGCAGAACCGAAAAAGAACACGAACACGAACAUGGCAUUGGAGCUAAAGAAGUGUUUGGCUUCUGGCUGUCGGUCGUUGAAGAAAGUGAAGCAAUGCCAUUGUCGCCUUCUCCGACUUGGUCUCAACGAAGACACCUUUCUCAUUAACACCCUCUUGCGCUCUUCCCUCAACCUCCGUGCCACGCAAUACGCCACCCUCGUUUUCGCCCAAAUCCCGCACCCCAACAUCUUCCUCUACAACACCCUCAUUCGCGGCCUCGUCUCAAACGAUGCCUUUCACGACGCCGUUUCGCUCUACGCUUCUAUGCGCCAGUGCAGCACCGUUGUCCCCGAUAACUUCACCUUCCCCUUCGUCCUCAAAGCGUGCGCCAGGCUCAAAAACACCCACCUGGGUCUCACCCUUCACUCUCUCGUUAUCAAAACAGGUUUCGAAAAUGACGUGUUUGUUAAUACUGGCCUAGUUUGUUUCUACUCCAAAAACGGGUUUUUGAGUCAUGCACGCGGGGUGUUUGAUGAAAUUCCUGAAAAAAAUGUUGUCUCUUGGACUGCCAUCAUUUGUGGGUACAUUGAGUUUGGUUAUUGUGAGGAGGCAGUUGGGUUAUUUAGAGGGUUGUUGGAAAUGGGUGUGAGACCGGAUAGUUUUACGUUGGUUCGGGUUUUGUAUGCGUGUUCGAGGACGGGGGACUUGGCUAGUGGACGGUGGAUUGAUGAGUAUAUGAGGGAGAAUGGGUUGUGUGGGAAUGUGUUUGUGGCAACCUCUUUGGUUGAUAUGUACACGAAGUGCGGGAGCAUGGAGGAAGCGCGGAUAGUGUUUGACGGGAUGGUGGAGAAGGAUGUUGUGUGUUGGAGUGCCUUGAUUCAGGGGUAUGUUUCCAAUGGGAUGCCGAAGAAAGCACUUGAGGUGUUUUUUGAGAUGCAGAGGGAGAAUGUGAGGCCGGAUUGUUAUGCCAUGGUGGGGUUUCUUUCUGCAUGUGCGAGGCUGGGGGCGUUGGAGUUGGGGAAUUGGGCUAGGGGUUUGGUGGAUGGCGAUGAGUUUUUGUGUAAUCCUGUGUUGGGUACUGCAUUGAUUGACUUUUAUGCCAAAUGUGGAAGUGUGGCCCGGGCAUUGGAGAUUUUUAAGAGUAUGAGGAGGAAGGAUCGUGUGGUGUUCAAUGCUGUUAUUUCUGGGCUGGCUAUGUGUGGACAUGUUGGGGCUGCCUUUGGGGUGUUUAGCCAAAUGGGAAAGGUUGGAAUGCGGCCUGAUGGGAACACUUUUGUUGGUUUGCUUUGUGGGUGUACUCAUGCUGGUUUGGUUGAUGAUGGUCGGCGUUAUUUUAGUCACAUGAGUUGUGUUUUUUAUGUGACUCCUACUAUAGAGCAUUAUGGAUGCAUGGUGGAUCUUUUGGCUCGUGCAGGUUUGUUGACUGAGGCACGGGAUCUGAUCAAGAGUAUGCCAAUGAAGGCAAAUGCUAUUGUCUGGGGAGCACUGUUGGGAGGAUGUAGGUUACACAAGGAUACCCAAUUGGCUGAACAAGUGUUGAUGCAACUCAUUGAGUUAGAACCGUGGAAUUCAGGACAUUAUGUUCUCUUAUCGAAUAUAUAUUCAGCGAGCCGUCGAUGGGAUCAAGCAGAAAAAAUCAGGUCAAGUUUGAGUGAGAAAGGGAUGCAGAAAUUACCUGGGUGUAGUUGGGUUGAAGUUGAUGGGGUUGUUCACGAAUUCCGUGUAGGAGACACUUCCCAUCCUUUAACACACAAGAUAUAUGAAAAACUUGAAAGUUUAUUUAAGGACUUGAGAGAAGCUGGCUAUACUCCAACCACUGAGUUUGUGCUCUUUGAUGUAGAAGAGGAGGAGAAGGAAUACUUCCUUGGUUGUCAUAGUGAGAAGUUAGCUGUUGCAUUUGCACUGAUCAGUACCAGUGUUAAAGAUGUGAUUCGUGUUGUUAAAAACCUUCGUGUUUGUGGUGAUUGUCAUGAAGCUAUAAAACUUGUUUCAAAAGUUACAGAGAGAGAGAUUAUUAUUAGAGAUAAUAACAGAUUCCAUCAUUUCAGUGAAGGCUCAUGCUCUUGUCGAGAUUAUUGGUAAAAAAUUUGUAUAUGCAUUCUGAGAUGUGAAGUCUAAAUUCGUUGUGAUGGUGAUGAGGGUAUAGACUACAUGGGAUAGUUGGGGGCUCAGGUAAGAAAAGUCUCGGCUUUUUGAAUCGGUUUGUGAAAAACGAACUCUGACUCAUGGAUCACAAGUUUGUCAAGGCACAGAUUUGGUACACUGCUGGUCAAGAAAGGUAAUUGUGAAGAUAAGAUGAGUAUUGUGCAUGCUGUGAAGUAUCCCAAAGUGUUGAUGUGAGACCCUAGAAAUUAACUCUGUAAAUUACUUAUCAUAUCAUCAUUAAUGCAACCCACAAUCAAUGUGUAAUCCCCUUAAAAACCCACUCCCAACUCUGAUUUCAUUUCUGCUGUGCAUGAAAAGCUGAGCCAAAAUCAUUCCUCUGGAAAACAUUAAAAACGCACCAAUCUUUGCAUGCACGCACGCCACGUGUCACGGGAGAAGCUUCCAAAGCAGGGUUUGGUGUGCAGGUGGCAGGAUGGGAGACGCUCAUCCGUUUUGACGUGGCAAUCCACAAAAUCGGAGUUUUGAGAAACUCUCUCUCACUUGCAUGCACACUUCGUCUUCCCCUAGAACCUAACACCUCCAUUUUUCUCCAACUUCUCUCUAAAACCAGCAAACUUCUCUCUACUGUAACCUCUCAUUUUCUUCUCCAAAUCCCAUUUCAGAACCAUAGGAACGUUUCCAGAGACGCGGACGUUAGUUUGAACCGAACAGAAUUUGAUUCUAAGCUGGGUUAGAUUUAGUAGAAAGAACUUGAGUGGCUGUUGCGUAUAAAAGAGCUGUAGUUGGACGUGUGGAAGUUAUAUUUUAGGGCGUACACUGCUAUCCAGAUGUUGGUGCAUCUCUUGGAGAAAUGCUGGAAGAAGAAAAUUUGGAAGAUGCAAAUCUGGUCGAGGUAGAAGUCAAGGCCGAGCCUUAGAACGCUCGUUAGAUUAGUGAUGUAAAUGGUAGAGUAGUUGGACGUUCGGUUAAGUGUUUUUGUAAAACCGUUCGUCCUGUUUAUAUCGGAAUUUUAUUUUGAGCGUACGUUCUUCUGUACUAAGCCGUUCGGCUUCUUUUUAA